AUGUUCCCCUUUCCCCAAACCUUUACAUCAUUUUCCGAUGACCACUGCAACAUUCUGACGAGAGAACCCAUCCUACCGACAAUCAUAUCUCAACAUAUUUUGCCCAAGACAAGAGGAGAAUUAAAGGAGGUGGUCAGAUCUGUGAAUCGAUUACCAGAUGAUAAGGAAGAAAGAGUUAGGUGGUUUUCAACGAGAGGGUGAAGGAGACUGUGAUGGAAUUAUCAUGGGAGGAUGCAAGGAUUAAGCAACAAUGUGGAGCCCUAUGCUAUUAUCUCCGACGAUGGAGAACUACAAUGUCCAAUAUCACCCCUUCUUCUUGAUCGAUCUACCUUUUCUUUUCAUCCUUCUUAAUUCGAUUCAAAUGCAACCCCAUCCUCAAAAUCGAUCGAUAACCAUCAACAUCUUAACUGUCCCCUGAUCAAUCGAGCUCUCAUACGAUCCUUAUCUUCUUCCCGCUUGCGUCUUGUAGCCAUCACAGUCACCAAUAUGUCUGCAUUUCUGAAGAUGACAUUGUGUGAAGGUUUCUAGAGGUGGUGUGGAUGGUCGUAUUGCAAAUCGGCGACUUUAGACUGCAGAUCAACGGCGUACGGUGUUUUCUGUUAGAAUCUAGUGUUUUCCGGUGGAGUCCGACAUUUUCCCAAGAGAAGGUGAGAUUUUUCGACGACUGAACACAAUGAGGCAGGGGACGAGAGGAGGUCAGACUACCACCGCUUUCUCAUGUCCGGCGAUUGCAAAGUCUUUGAACCUGCAUUUCCCUGAAGCGAUUGUAGAGUGACAGUGGAGAUAAUCUUGAAGAACUUUGUAGUGGAGUGUGAAGUGAUGUGGUGUGAAGUUGCGACUGAGAUAGGGGCAAAGGG